AUGGUUGGUAAUUACCGUAUAGGUGUCGACGUUGGUGGUACCAACACCGAUGCGGUUAUACUUGAUGUCUCUUCCAACUCAACACGUCCGAUCCUGGCAACACAUAAAUCACCUACAACCCCCGAUGUGACAACGGGUAUCCAAGACGCUAUCAAACAAUCGCUUCUCAAAUCUGACAUCGACAAACAUAGCAUCCAGGCGAUAUCUAUCGGUACAACCUCCUUCGUCAACAGUCUCAUAGAAAGAGACGCGUCCAAAUUGGAGAGAGUUGCUGUGAUACGGCUUUCAGGACCAUUCAGUAGACUUGCUCCGCCCUUCGUGUCUUUCCCUUAUGGACUUAGACACGUAUUGGAAGGACCGUGUUUCUUCGCUGAAGGGGGAUUGCAGGUGGAUGGGUCGGAGAUCACUUCUGUUGAUCCAUUGGAGAUAAGAGGAAUCUGCGAGGAAGUCAGGAAGCGGGGAAUCAGGACAGUCGCUGUAUCAGCAUGCUAUUCACCCAUAGAUCGUGAGAUAGGACAGGAAGAGCUGGUCAGGGAGAUACUAUACGCGGAGAUACCAGGUGUGAAAGUGUGUAUAAGUAAAGAAGUAGCAAAUAUAGGGUUGUUACAAAGAGAGAACGCUACUAUUCUCAAUGCCGCUUUACUGGAAUUCGCUCAAUUGACCGUAUCAGGUUUCAAAGAAUCUACUCGUGCACUCGACAUCUCUUGCCCUUUGUUUCUUACCUCCAAUGAUGGUACGCUCAUGACAUGCGAGAUGGCCGCUAAGUUCCCUAUCAAGACUUUCUCAAGUGGACCUACCAAUUCCAUGAGGGGCGCGAACUUCUUAGCUAGAUUGGGGGAUCAGCAGAGGAAGAAGGAGACGGCUUUGGUCAUGGAUGUGGGGGGUACGACUACUGAAAUCGGUGUAUUGUUACCUACUGGCUUUCCUCGACAAGCGUCAGCGUAUCACGAGCUCUGCGGUGUCCCACUCAACUUCUCCAUGCCUCAUGUUUACUCUAUCGGAUUGGGUGGUGGCUCUCGAGUCAGAAAGGACUCAAAUCGUAAAACAACUAUCGGACCAGAUUCAGUGGGAUAUAGAAUACAUGAACUCGGUAGGGCUUUUGGCGGUGACAUUCUCACCACGACGGAUAUAGUCAUUGCUGCUGGCAGAACCAGUUCCAUUGGAAAUCCAGAGCUCGUCAAGGACAUCCCUAGGGAGGAAGUAUUUGCGGCUCAAGAGAAGAUCAGGCAGAUGAUCGAAUCUGCUGUAGACUGUAUGAAGACUUCCGUUCAGGACAUCCCUGUCUACCUUGUAGGUGGAGGAGCGAUCUUGAUGCCCGAUGAGCUCAAGGGGGUCAGUACAGUCUAUAGACCCCAGUUCUACGAUGCUGCGAAUGCGGUUGGCGCCGCCUGUGCUCAGAUAUCAGGAGUUAUAGAUACGUUAGAAGAUACAUCCAAGCUCUCCAUUGCAGAAGUACAGAAAAUAGUAGAGCAACGAGCCAUAGAUAAAGCGGUUGCUGCUGGGGCGGACAAGGACCACACGGUCAUCGUAGAGAGCGAGGCUAUACCCAUAGCAUACACCACCGGUCGAUGUCGGUUCUACGUCAAGGCUGCAGGAGAAUGGACAGGUGCAGCCGACAAUUCCGAACAAGGUGAUACCGCCAAAUCAUUAUCCCUUGGGACUCCUCGUACAUGGGACACUCAGUCUGCAGCGAAACCAGCUAAGGUCGCCAAUGCGGAUAGAAAAAUCCCUGAUAAGGAUCACUAUUUCACGGCUGAAGCCAUCAUCAGCUACAAACCCAAUGUGACGAAUGGAGAAUGGACUUUGUCUGAACUUGACAUCGAAUGGAUAUCUACAGGAUGCUACAUCCUAGGCACAGGAGGUGGCGGAAACCCCCAUAAUGUUUACCUGGCACUGAGAGAGAUGUUCCGAGCUGGGUCCACCUGUAAAGUCAUCGAUAUACAAUCUUUGGAUCCCGAUAAGGUAGUAAUGUAUGGCGGAGGGAUUGGUAGUCCCGAAGUAGCUGCAGAGAAAUUGCUAUCAUCGGGCUCUGGAAAGGCUGCAAAGUCACUUAUGACAUUUAUGGGUUACGAGCAUAGCAAGCUGGGUGCCUUGUCAGCCAUAGAAAUUGGUGGUGGGAACGGGAUGGUAGCUAUGAUAAGAGGAUCAAGUGAAGAUCUCAACGUACCUAUCAUUGAUGGCGAUUUUAUGGGCCGGGCAUAUCCAACCGGCUGGCAGACCACUGUGAAUGUGUAUGCGACAGACGAUCAGGCUUCAAUGGUCUUACCAACAUAUAUGAGCAGCGGUGAUGGGACAGAAUUGAUUCUUACCAAAGUUAAGCACUACAAAGAAGUCGACUCAAUCCUACGAGCAGCAUGUAUGGAGAUGGGCACAUCUGCUCAAGUUGUUGCUCGACCGUUGACCAAAGUUGAGUGCGAGAGAGCCUUGAUUAGGAACACGGUAUCUCAGUCAUGGCGUAUCGGUCGUGCAGUGGCUCUGGCGAACAAGCAAGCCAACAUAGAUAACAUCGGAUCGGUAUUGGUCAAUGCUUUAGGUGGAUCUGAUGCUGCUAAAGUCCUAUUUGAGGGAAAAAUAGUUCAAGUUGGCAGAAGGUUAUACAAAGGUCAUAGUUAUGGGGAAAUCGAGAUACAUGCUCUGGCCGGGGAUGAAACGACGGAAGAUCCAAAUAAUCCCAAGGAAAAGUUCAGGGUACCUUUUAAGAACGAAAAUCUACUCGCGGAACACAUGGUUGAUGGUAGAACUGAAGUCGUUUGUGGUGUUCCAGACUUGAUAUCGGUACUGGACGCACAGAAUGGUACAGCUCUUGGUACACCAGAGUACAAAUAUGGUCAACGGGUUAUCGUGAUUGGCAUAACAGCCGCACCACAAUGGACAGAUACUCCCCGAGGUCUGGAGCUCGGCUCCCUAACGGCGUUUGGCUAUGACCUACCAUACAAACCUCUGGGAACGUACGUCAAGCCUCGAAGUGUCAUAGAAGAAUACGCAACCUAG